UCGUUCUACAUUUAUUCUUCUUCGUCAACCCGACCUGCUAAAUCUUAAAUCGGAUCUGUAACUUCGAUUCAUUUAAUAAAGCUUUCGUCUCUUCUUCCAUCUCAUUGAGAGGAUUCGCAAAGUUGAAUCCUUUUUUCGAUUUCUUCUUCCUCUGUUUCAUGGAAUCUGACUUCCCAAUUCGACUCUGUUUUUGCUGCUGAGUGAGUGAGAGAGAGAGAUGGCGAGAAGUAGAUCGAUUAGUGGCUCUGGGGUAUGCAAAUAUCUGAAUCCAGCGUAUUACCUUAGAAGGCCGAGACGUUUGGCUUUGCUUUUCAUUGUCUUCGUCUCUGUUUCCAUGGUGGUUUGGGAUCGUAUCAAUCUUGCCAGAGAACAUGAGGUUGAAGUUAUUAAGUUAACUGAAGAGGUUUUAAGGCUGGAACAGAUGUUAGAAGAGCUUAGAGGUGUUGGCGAUGGUAAAAACUUGAUGACUCAGAAGGAUGUUCCAGAAGAUCCAGUUGAUAUGGAGCGAAGGCAGAAAGUAAAAGAGGCAAUGAUCCAUGCUUGGAGCUCAUAUGAGAAGUAUGCAUGGGGUAAAGAUGAGCUUCAGCCUCGGACAAAAGAUGGCACUGAUAGCUUUGGUGGCCUCGGAGCAACUAUGAUAGAUUCUUUAGAUACGCUCUAUAUAAUGGGUCUAGAUGAGCAGUUUCAGAAAGCCAGAGAGUGGGUUGCUACCUCAUUGGAUUUCGACAAGGAUUAUGACGCCAGUAUGUUUGAAACAACCAUAAGAGUUGUGGGCGGACUUCUUAGUACUUAUGAUCUUUCUGGUGACAAAAUAUUCCUCGAAAAGGCUAAGGAUAUAGCAGACAGAUUAUUACCUGCAUGGAACACUCCAACGGGUAUACCUUACAAUAUUAUCAACUUGAGAAGUGGAAGUGCUCACAACCCUUCUUGGGCAGCAGGGGGAGACAGUAUUCUUGCAGAUUCUGGCACUGAGCAGCUUGAAUUUAUCGCCCUUUCCCAGAGGACAGGUGAUCCAAAAUAUCAGCAGAAGGUAGAGAAAGUUAUUACGGAACUUAAUAAGAACUUCCCCGCGGAUGGUUUACUUCCCAUCUAUAUAAAUCCGGAUAAUGGUAAUCCAUCCUACUCCACCACAACAUUUGGUGCCAUGGGAGACAGCUUUUACGAGUAUUUGCUCAAAGUUUGGGUGCAAGGGAACAAAACGUCAGAAGUGAAACUCUAUAGAGAAAUGUGGGAGAAAUCAAUGAAAGGUUUAUUAAGCUUGAUCAAGAAAUCAACACCUUCAUCAUUUACAUAUAUACAAGAGAAGAAUGGAAAUAGUUAUAAUGACAAGAUGGAUGAAUUGGCAUGCUUUGCUCCUGGUAUGAUAGCUUUAGGAGCAUCAGGUUAUGGUCCUGAAGAAGAAAAAAAGUUUCUUACACUCGCUGAAGAGCUUGCCUGGACUUGUUAUAACUUUUACCAAUCGACACCAACUAAACUCGCCGGAGAGAAUUAUUACUUCAGUGCAGGACAGGACAUGAGUGUUGGAACAUCCUGGAACAUCCUAAGACCAGAAACUGUUGAAUCUCUGUUUUACCUCUGGCGGUUAACUGGCAACAAGACAUAUCAAGAGUGGGGAUGGAAUAUAUUUCAAGCAUUUGAGAAGAACUCUCGUAUAGAAUCUGGAUACGUUGGCUUGAAGGAUGUCAAUACAGGUGCUAAAGACAACAAGAUGCAAAGCUUCUUCUUAGCUGAGACUCUCAAGUAUCUAUACCUUCUCUUUUCGCCUUCAUCGGUUAUUUCAUUAGACGAAUGGGUUUUCAACACAGAAGCUCAUCCACUUAAGAUCGUGGCACGGAAUAAUGAUCAGAGCAAGCCAACUAUCACAUUACGCCAGAGGAAGUUUGGUGGGAUUAUUAAGGGUUAGUAGACAGUUUACUGCUCAAAUGGAAUUUGAUAUUAUAUAAUAACAACAAAGUUCGAGGCACAUUGUUGUAUUAGUUUGGAUAACAGAUAAAGAACAGAUGGACAGCUUUUUUUGCCACAGCAAUUAGUAGAA